CCUCAUAACGCUUCUGCGGCUGCAGCGCAGUUAACGUGUUUUACCGUAAAGCAGAAUAUAAACAGAUAUUGUCUUAUCUAAAUGAGAGGCUGGUUUGUCCGCGAGCAGUCCUUUAAGGGGCGUGAAGUUUGGCUAUUUUGCUAACAACUCGUUUCUGUGAUGCGAUACUAUGAGGAUCCAAUGCUUUAUUGGCGACGAACUACAGAAAGGGAAUAACGUAACCCUACGCUGUAUAUUUACUCCGAACAUCGCGUAGCUUGUUUCAGCGGGACGUUGUCGAUAUCAACACGAAUUCACGCGAGUGUUUAGUUAAUGAUGAGUGAACCGGCUCUCUGGUCACGGCAUUACGGCGACUGGCGUUAAUGCUAGCGUAACUAGCUCGCUAGCCCAUUUGGAUCAGCUGCUAUGAGCUACUGGCGGCCGCUGAAUCGGCUAACGUUGGCGAGCAACAAGCUAAGCCCAACAUGCUAACAGCAGCUUCGUGUUAGGAAAAGAAUAACCGCGCUUUAUCACAACCACUUCAAUUAAAGCUGCAUUUGACUGGAACGUUCGCCGUGUACGCGGUUAUCGGUUGGUAGUUGUAGCCACCCCGAGCUACUUUAUUGAACGCGCUAGCAUUCAAUGGGAACUGUCGUAGUCAGUAGUCACGCUUUUGCAACUAUCAGCUCGAGUUCGUGGUCAUUGUCCUGCGUUUAGCCAUUGCAUGCUAACUAUCCAUCUGGAAAGUUGGCGAAUUUACAUAACGUUGCAAAAAACGUUAAGGCGGACUAGACGUUGGCUGUCCUGACAGUUGUGUUGUAAGGACCUGUAGUGACAACGGUAUUUUGUUUGACAACGUUAAGUUUCCUCUUGAGUUGUUCAUAAGACGGGCCUCGUUGAUUACGGAGCGUUCCGUCUUUCUCAAGCUAUUUUUUUUUCCGCGCCUGCCUACUUGCUUCAUGUUUUUGCCUCAAACGUGUGAAGUUAACACGUUCCGAGAGCAAACAUGUAACAGCCUCGACUUAACCUUUUGGAUUGUAAAAAGAACUGUAGGGUUUACUAGGCACAAUGCACAAUUCAGGAGUCCUAUCCCAAGAAAAGAUGGAGCUAGACCUGGACAGCCCAUCUUCCUUAGUUCAGACCGAGGGGCAGCUGAGAAGAUCUAACAGUGCACCCAUGAUUAAUGGCCUAAGUGAUAACGCCCAAGUGUUCCAGAGAGGGGUAUUGCGAAGCCGCAGAAAUAGCACUACAGUUGUCAACAGGCCCAAUAUGAUUCCUUCGUCGCCCAUCCGUGUUCCAAGCACCAGGCUUCAUCAGAUCAAACAAGAAGAGGGUGUCGAUGUGAUGAACAGAGAAACUGCACAUGAGCGGGAAGUUCAAGCUGCUAUGCAAAUAAGCCAGUCCUGGGAGGAAAGUCUCAGUCUGAGUGACAAUGAUUUGGAAAAGUCCGCGUCAUCUUCUCCGAAGCGAAUCGACUUUGUGCCUGUGUCUCCGGCACCGUCCCCAACCAGAGGGAUAGGGAAAAAGCAGUGCUUCUCUCCUUCUCUUCAAAUCCUUGUGAGCAGCAACGGCCUCAAUCCCAGUCCGAUACCCAGUCCAACGAGGCGCUUUGGUAGACGGAGCCAGAGCCCUAUCAACUGUAUUAGACCCAGCAUUCUUGGGCCCAUAAAACGCAAAGGAGAGAUGGAGACAGAAAGUCAGCCUAAAAGGUUUUUUCAAGGCACCACCACUAUGCUGUCCUCCGACGUCUCCAACAUGUUGGAUCUCAGCUCCUGCCACUCUCCAGAUGGAUUGUUGGACGGCAGCCUCAGCAGCAUCUGCUCCUCCACAGACUCCCCGGGCAAAAUGGAGGGAGGGUCCCCGUCGUCGUCGAGCAACUCUCCCUUCGCUUCCCUCCAGGAUUUGUCCCCAAAGUGAGAGUGCGAUGGCAAUAAUAGACUUCCCGAAAACAGUCUUCUCUGGGAGGAAACAUUUUUCCCUGCAGACCCUCCACCUCCGAAAUGCCGAGAGGAAUGUGUGUUUUCUAAUGUUGUUGGUUGUUCAGAUAGGUCUUAAGUCGAGAGGUGAAAGACAUGGUUGUGUAGAGGCAAAUCUAGUGACAGUGUGAAAGGCUGAGGUUGCGGAGCACAAGCUGCUAGUCUUUGGAUGGAUGGUGCUCGGCUUUACUGGAGAUAGUUCUACAAUUGUGUGCGCCCACCAGUUCCCCUCAAUAGAAAUGAGACAUGAAGCACUGGACAAACACCGAUUUGGAUUUCUAUUUCCCCCGUCUAUUUUGUCCAACAGGCCUUUGUAUGUACAAAGAAAGUAUUUAACUUAUUGUUUUUCGGCAUUUUUUGCUUUUCUGUACGUUAAUCUUACGAAUAGUUUGUAUAGUUUGAAGUUGGCAUGAUGCCGUUAAUGAAAUCAUGCAUCUGCUAAAAGAAAUACUGUAUAAGGAAACUUUACUGUUAUACUGUAGAGACGAUUGUUCCCUUGAUUCAAAGCUGUAAACUGUGGUGCUUUUUUUUUUUUUUUUUUUUUAAUAUAAAUAAGUGGCCUGAUGUCUGCCACAUGUCACAUUACCAGGAGGAGCAGUGAAAAACCUUGCAGUUAAAUUGCAGACAACACAAGGUGGUCUUCGUAGUGUUUAACACUAAAGGCCUCUCUAUAGUUGUACAGUUACUUUUUCUUCUGGAAAAAUGUUAUUUAUGGUAAAAAGGAAAAAAAAAUAUAUAGGAUGGUGAUAUUCUAUCCCCAGUAAAAGUGAACGUUUGGCACAAAUGCUUUGUUUUAUGAGAGGCUGCUGCUGUUCCUGCUGUGGUUCAUUUUGCACAGGGUACCUGUCUGUUUUGUUUUCAGCCUGUGUUAAAGUCUUAAGUGGGGGAAAAGUUUAACUUGACCUCCAGUUAUUAGACAAAUGUAACAGUAUGUCAAGGUUAAGCUUGUACUGGUGACUUUUGCACCUAGAUUUGUCCCUCCUGUGUCCCGUCAUGGACAAACCAGGAUGUGGUAUCAUUUUAAAGGAGUUGUGCCCUUUUUACUAUGAAGAAAGGUUUGUUUUGCAGUUACACAAUUGAAUGUCUUUUUACUUUAUCCAGCAUUAGGACAUGGAAAAAGCAGAUCGCUUGCCCAGCCUGUCACAUUUCUCUCGGGCACAAGUCUAGUGAUGUUCAAUGUCAAACCGGCCUUUGCUUUUGUUUGCUUUCAUAUCAAAGACAAAAUAAAUUAUUUCUUUACGUGUA